AUGGUGCUCCAGAACGCCUCUGCAACGACUGCAAACGACUCGUUCGAAGACAGUGCUCUAAGCUCAGAUGACGACCCUUACGCCAGCUCGAACUCCGGCAGCGAGGUCGCCCAGAAAUACAUGAUCAGUGGGACCUCUCUGCCCAAGCCAAUACCGAUCUUCGGCCCCCUAUGUGGCUACAACGAAACGUAUCUGGUCCAAAUCUUAGAUCGCAGGGUCGCAAACGGUUCGCGGCUCCUACAUCGACCCUUGACGCAGGAAGAGGUGGAUGCGUUGGUAUACCAUUCUGCAAAGAGGGUGGCCAUCUUAUCAUACGGUACACCUCUCGGGGUUGUAGGUGGUGCAUUGAGAUGCUAUCAGACGGCCAAUACCUUCCAAUUCCCUUUUUACAAGCCGAAUCUGGAGAAGUUCAAUGCGCAGGUGUUUCCACCUAAGUUCAGCUUUUUAACGGGUUCCAGGGCGAUGCUCGCGUGGCAUUUUGGGAGGCUUAUUGCGUAUAGUAUGGCGGGGGAAGUUUUCGGAGAUGCUUUUAUGACCUCUUAUGCGCUUUCCGUGUCGGCUGUGGGGGAGUCAUCGGACAAGAGACUGAAACCGUUCAUCGAAGCUAUUCAGGCAGACCUAAAGAGGAAGAGGGCCGCUCAGAAGGAUGGUCGGGAACCAGAGCAGCUGCAAGUUAAGCGAGGGAAUGUCAGUUCUACACGUACUGGCAUUGAGACGGAUUGGAAUCCUGCACAGAAAGACACGCCUGGAGAAGAGGUCCGAGCUGGGACCAUAGAAAGCGCAAUGGCUGUAUUCCAAGCUGGAAUUCAAUCGGAACGGGACUCAGCCCCGCGUCCUCAAUGGCAAGGCAGACCUACACCUGCUGUUCCCACGGAGGAGAGCUCGCCCCAACCAUUUGGCAUAUUCGAUGAUGCCUCUCCUACAGGCGGGCAAGGUGUACAAGCAGAUAUCAGAGAAACUCCAGCAGCAUCCUCCCCCCCAUCACAAGGAGGCUCCGCGUGGGAUAGGAUUCGGAGAGGAGAAAAGACGACCCCGGCUGCUGAACGUAGCACACGGAAAGCCUGGCCGAGGAUAAGUGAUGACCAGGAACGUGGUUCGGGCGAUGACAGCUUUGCGUUUUCAAAGAGCGAAGGAGAAAGAAGCUUCGCAAGGCAAGAGACUCAGAAGGAGUUUGAUGCCAGGAUGGAGAAGGAGAGGAGAGGCGGCGACUUUUCCAAUGGGAAUGGAGACCAACGUCGGUGGUGA